AUGCGCCGCCCGCGGCAGCUUGCCGUUCAGCUGGCCCGUGGGAUUGCCAGCUCGUCAGACGCUGCGGUGCAGGGAAGGCCACCUGCGCCACGCCGAUACGGUGUGGUGAUCGACGGCGACGUCUUUGGCCCCCGCCACUUCCCGGCCCUUCUGGCGGCCGUUCGCCGCCGCGGGCACCUCUCCUCCGGCGUGGUCUGCACUGCCGCCCAACCACGUCGGGCCUGGCCGAGUGAGCUGAGCUUCGUCGCGGUGCCGCGGGGGAAAGGCGGGAAGGAUCCGAACGACAUCGCCGUGGCUUUCGAAGCGGCAAGGCUGGCGUUUCGGGAGGACGGAGUCGACGCCAUCGCAGUUGCAGCCCCUGACACUGACUUUCUGUUCUUGCUGGAACGGCUGAAGGCACAAGGCGUUGCCACCUUGGCACUGCUGCCCUUGGCCACGGAGCCUGGCGUGGCCCGGGCAUUCGAAGCCGUGGCUGAGGUGGAGCGGUUUCGGACAGAUGAGCCAGCGGAGAGACGCCCCACGAAGAAGAUCGUUCUGCAGGCAGACGGCUGGAGCUCCAUCGAGGACUUGGGCGCUGCAGAGUUUGGCGCCGGCCAGGUGGACCCUGUCCUUCUGAACAGCCUGCGCGAGAAACUCUGCGAGUUGAACUACCUGCAGGGCCAUGAUCAGCCGCUCCUUCCCGCCGUCGCCAAGCUCUUUGCGGCCCGGGGCAAGGCGCUCACUGCGUGGCCAAAGCGCUUGGCUUUCCACGAGGCGCUCCAGGAGUUGUCCAGCGCUGACUCCUGGCCUUGGUAUUCUCCUCGGCGGGUCUUCGUCCUGCCCUGCGGAACUCAGGUCUCGACGAAGGCGUGGCUGGAGGCUUGUGGCUCGCUCAGAGGGGUCGAGAUCAUUCGCGGAGGGGGUGCCCGGCUGUUUGCCGACACCCCCGAGUUGGUGCCUGAGGUGCUGCAGCAGCUUGGGUACUAUGGGGACGAGCUGAACGAGGAUCUGAGCGAGGCGAUCGAUGUCUUCGUGGAAAUGAAAGGCAACAGCAAAGCCCUGGCUGCCAUCAACAUUUCCAUCCAGCCGGAGUACCCGGUCCACACAAAGAGUGCUCUCCUACACGCUGCGCUGGUAUCUCCGAAGCUGCACGGGGAGUGGCAGCUGGCGCCCAGUGAUGACCUCGUGCGCGGUCACCUCCUGGCGCAUGGUUGGCUCCGCCGGCGCUCUGCGCCGCGCCUUGAUGUCUUCACAGCACUUCGCCGAUUCAGCGAAGCGAACGGACUUCCGCUGCGAAGGACUUACAACGGUGCUGUGAAGGAGUUCUCAAAUCAUCUGACCAAAGUAGAUCCAAGCCGCCGUGACGGAACAAAAAGUAGAGAUGCCUGGAGUCUUUGA